AUGGGCGCGCAACAGUCCUCGGAGGGUUCCGCGACCGCGGGAGAUGCUGUCCCGCGCAAGACUUGCUACUACGAAGUCCUAGGUGUCGACAGCCACGCCGCCGACGAGGACAUUCGGAGAGCCUACAAAAGAAAAGCUCUUGAACUCCACCCUGACCGAAACAUCAACGAUGUCGAAAAUGCGACGAGGAAGUUUGCUGAGGUCCAAACUGCAUACGAGAUACUAUCUGAUCCGCAAGAGAGGGCCUGGUAUGACUCCCAUCGCGAUGCUGUCCUCCGUGGAGAUGUCGACGCCGAUGACGCCCCGCAGCAGCACUAUAACGUGCGCCUGACCACAACGGAGGAGAUCAUGACGCUCAUAGGGCGCUUCAACUCGAGCGUACCCUUCAAUGACACGCCUACCGGGUUCUUUGGGAGUCUCGACAUCACCUUCGGCCAGUUGGCCACCGAAGAAGCCGCCGCGUGCGACUGGCAGGGCACGGAACCCGUAGAAUACCCACCCUUUGGGUCGGCCGACGACAGCUAUGAGUCCGUGGCGCGCCCCUUCUAUAAUGCCUGGUCCAACUUUUCUACCAAGAAGUCGUUCAGCUGGAAAGACAAGUACCGACUGUCGGAUGCUCCAGAUCGCCGGGUCCGCCGCCUCAUGGAGAAGGAAAACAAAAAAUACCGUGAUGACGCCAUCCGCGACUUCAACGACGCAGUCAGGUCCCUCGUAGCCUUUGUGAAGAAGCGCGAUCCCCGAUACAUCCCCAAUACGCAAUCCGAGGCAGACCGACAGAAGAUCCUCAGGGAUUCUGCAGCCGCCCAAGCUGCCAGGUCACGGGCCGCACACCAAGAAAAGAUUGCCGAAGCCUUUGUGCCGGAUUGGGCUCAAUCUAGACAUGAUGCAGACGCCAAUGACGAAUUCGCCUCAACCGAGGAAGAGUCGGAGGUUGAGCACAUAGAGUGUGUCGUGUGUAACAAGACUUUCAAAAGUGAGAAGCAAUUUGAGGCACACGAGAAGAGCAAGAAGCAUUUAAAAGCUGUUCAAGAGCUUCGCCGACAGAUGAAGAAGGAAAACAUGGCAUUUGAUCUGGACCACCAGACUAGCCCGGGACCGGCGGACGAUGAUCCUCCUCCGGAGCCUGGGAUCAGUGGUGGCGCAAAGAGACCAGAAACAUCUGCCCCUGAAAGUAUUAUGAAUGGCAACGCUGAAACAACCGUCGACGGUUCGGGGAGCCCUUCUGAAGAAGAAUCGAUAGACGAGGACUAUGCGCCCAGAAGUGUCAUCGAAAAUCGCAUUCUCACGGCAAGUCCCGGGUCUCAAGUUGAUUCACCUGCUACAGAUGGUGAUCUUGAAUCACAUAUGGCUGAGGCCACCCUUGACGAAUUGGCGUCUGUUAAAAAGGUAGGCAAGGCAAAGGCAAAGAGGGAAAAGAAGGCUGCUAGACAGGCCGCUCAGGUGGAGGAUGCCUCGCAUACCUGUGGUAUUUGUUUGGCUCAAUUUGAGUCUAAGACCAAGCUGUUCAAGCAUAUCCGAGAGGAGGGACACGCGCAGCCCCAGGUCGUCCAGCGCAGCACCAAGGGCGGCAAAAAGUCCAAAAAAUGA